GAUCUUGCUCACCAAGUUAUUAUGUAUUUAUUUUAUAUAUUUUGAAAGAAAAUAAUAACUUGAACGAUAAUUAACAUAUACAAAAUGGCUUUAAUAAGACGUUGUGUGCCCUUACUUACAAAAGUCGUUCGAAUUCACCCCAUUACAGUGCAAAACCAAAAGAUACACAGAUGGGUUGCCCCAACAUUGAUGGAGCUGAAACGUCGUGAAAAUAAAGUUGGCAAGAAAAUAAACCCAAGGAACACGUAUCUGGAGUGGAAUUUAGAAGCAGAACUAUACGGCUUUGCACGACGUUUGAAUGAAGAAUUUGAUUCCGAUUUAUUAUUACAAGCAUUUACAGAUAGAUCUUAUGUUAUUAAAGAAGAGAUGAAGCAAAAAGAGAUGGAUUUCGAUAUUAAAAUGAAAGACAACAGAGAACUAGCUGAGAAAGGAGAUCAAUUUAUAAAUGCCUACAUCCAGAAUUAUUUGGAGACUGUGUUGCCAAAGUUCCCGAUGGAAGGAGUAAAAGGUGUAAGGAGUUUCUUGGUCAGUGAGGACACUUUAGCAAAUAUAUCCCUGAAUUUGGGCACCAAAGAUAUCAUUCUAGCUGCUGAAUAUCCAGUGGACAACUACAUCCUAGCAACUAAUUUCAAGGCAGUGGUUGGAGCUCUGCUUGAGUCAUCUGGUGAGGAGAGGGCAGCACAUUUUGUCAGAGAUUUUGUCAUCACUCAGUUAAAUGGUCAGGAUGUGAAUGAAUACUUCCCGAUAGAAGACCCAUGGUCUAUGCUGGUUGAUAUAAUGAAAAGAGAAGGCGUUACUCUUGAGCCCAGGCUUAUUGGUGAGGUGGGCCGGAACACCCUGUUGGCGUGCUACAGGGUCGGCCUCUAUGUCGAUAAGAAGAUGGUUACUUCAGGUUUCGGCGAAACUGUUGCGAUAGCUAAAGAAAUGGCCGCGAGAGAAGCUCUGAAAAAGAUAUUCGGUACUGAGGACCAUAUGAAACCAAUUGACUUCAAAAUAGAAGGCAUACCCAAGCCAUCGUCCCAAACACGCUACCAGAUAUCAGCCAGUUGAAUUAGAACUUUGUUUUAAUGUAGAAUUAGGAUUAAAGUUGUAUAUUAUUUAUA